AUGGAAAGCUCUGAAUCAUUUUCUGCCGCGCCUGCGGGGACAUCAUGUUCUCGUACGCUGCGACAAUACCACAGCGGUGGCAUACAUCAAUCGCCAGGGCGGUAUGCGCUCCUCAAAACUUCACAAUCUAGCUCACAAGCUGUUAGUGUGGAGCAAGGGGUUUUUUCUGUCACUACGCGCAACGCAUGUUCCGGGCAUUCUGAACAGAGGCGCAGAUCUUCUGUCAAGGGGAAACCCUCUUUACGGGGACUGGCGUCUCCACCCGCAAGUGGUGGACGCGAUAUGGAGGCGAUUCGGACGGGCAACCGUAGAUCUGUUCGCCUCGCACGAAAAUGCCCAUUGUCCUAUGUUCUUCUCGCUAAAGGACUUGGACGCGCCCCUCGGGGUGGACGCACUGGCCCACCCAUGGCCCAAGGUGUUGCUGUAUGCUUUCCCCCCUCUGUGCCUCAUAAUUCCCACGCUGGCCAGAGUGAGGGAGGAGAGCUUGUCUCUCCUUCUGAUAGCGCCCAGAUGGCCCAAAGCCCCGUGGUUGGCGGAGAUAAUUCCUCUGCUAUAUGCCCAGCCGUGGCCCCUCCCCCUCCGCACAGACCUGUUGUCUCAAGCGAACGGGGAAAUUUAUCACCCACACCCGGACAGGGUGGCUCUCUGGGUUUGGCCCGUGAGAGGACAAACUUAAACGCGCUGGGAUUACACCCGCGCGUAAUUGCUACUAUUCAAAAUGCCAGAGCCGUUUCUACACGGUCCUUAUAUGGUUGUAAGUGGCAAGUGUUUGAAGGGUGGUGUAAUGAGCACGAUCUCAUAUCUUAUCAGUGCUCAGUCCCUGAGAUUUUGCGUUUCUUACAAAACCUUAUGGAUAAAGGCAGGUCUUUUUCCACAAUUAAGGUUUACCUGGCGGCUAUUUCUGCUUGUCACGUAGGGUUUGAUGGCUCUACUGUCGGGCAGCACCCUUUAAUCUGCAGAUUUAUGAAGGGUGCCCGUCGCUCUUUGCCAGUCAUCAGGAAGUCUGUCCCUGAAUGGGACCUCUCCAUGGUGCUGGACGCCCUGUCUCAAUACCCCUUUGAGCCCCUGGGUGUUAUUUCCUUGAAGCUGCUGUCUUUUAAGGUAGCUCUGCUCUUGGCUCUAACAUCAGCAAAACGCGUUAGCGAACUGCAUGCAUUUUCUGUACACCCUUCAUGCACUAAAUUCUCUUUGAAUGGAGAAAAGGUUUUUCUUAAACCUAACCCGGCAUUUAUGCCUAAGUGCUUCCCUGCGUUCACAUCGGAGGUGCUGGAGCUGUCCGCUUUUCACCCUCCACCUUUUUCCUCUGCGGAGGAUCAGAGGCUUAAUGCUCUAUGUCCUGUUCGUGCAUUACAGACGUAUAUCGACAGGACUAGGGUUUUCCGGAAGAGUGACCAGCUCUUUAUCUCAUGGACGCCGCCUCACAGAGGGAAUCCCGUAUCUAAGCAACGUCUUUCACAUUGGCUUGUGGACGCGAUUGCCUUGGCAUACGAAUCGAAGGGAGUGCAACCACCUGGGAAUAUCAGAGCUCAUUCUACGAGGGGCGUGGCCACCUCUUGGGCUUUGUUUAGGGGAGUGUCACUGCAGGACAUCUGUUCGGCUGCGAGCUGGGCUUCUCCCCAUACUUUCGUGCGUUAUUAUCGGUUGGAUGUUACUAAAACCUCAGUAGCACAUUCCGUUUUGGGUGUAGGGUCAUCAUAGCCCUACACUGCUGCACACCUUUUUCCUACUGUUGUCUUUAUAGUAGGAACAAAGCGCAUACGGGUUUUUGAGCU